AUGACAUCAGAUGAUGUCCAAGGCACAACGGCCUCUACUAGAUCUUACUAUUCGCUACGUGUUCUACUGACUUGGUUGGCGAUAUGUUUCACGUUAUGCCUUCUUUUUUCUGUGAUCGCGUUCGUAUCAUUGCUCAACAAAAACAUUCUUCCCGAGGAACUUGGACCUCAAACUAUCCCUUACACUAAUGUGCCUCGCCAUUAUGAUGUUCAACUACAGUUCAACACCGAAUACAAUCAAUCGAAUACGUCAUUUCAUGGGCAAGUUGCAUUGCUCUUCAGUAGCCGUCAUGUAUCACAACGUCUUUUCAUACACAGAGGCAAAUACCUACGAAUAACGGAUUUCAGUUUGAUAGCUGUCGAUCAAUCAAAUGAAAAACGAAGUAUCAAGAAGGGAACGUAUAAUGCUGCCUCUGAGAUACAAACAUUUGUUCUCUCUUUUGACACCGCAAUCGAUGAGCUGUAUUUGUUUACAAUGAAAUUCACCGGAAAAAUGACGGUUGAACAUGGUCCGAAAGAAUUCACUUACACCUCAAACAAUGGCGAACAAAGGUAUGGCGUUUGGUUUGCUACACUUCAACGAAAUAGCAAAGGCCUACGGUACUUAUUCCCUUGUAUGGAUUCAAAUGAAUUCCCUGCUGAAUACAACAUUACUAUUACUCGUAAAGUGUCUUUGCGAGCUCUUUCGAAUUUCAUCGCCAAACGAACAUUACAAAGUGAUGCAAACUUUAUGAUUGACUACUUCCCGCCCAUAACAGUAUUGUCUCCUUACCAGUUUGCUCUAGUGUUGUGCGAUUUCCAAUACAGGAGAGAAAACCACAACGGAACCACGAUUUCCGUCUACUCACAAUACGACAUGCUACAGAAUGUGUCAUUCAGGCGUAUUUUACAAUUCAUGAAUCCUACGUCCAAUAUCAUCGGGAAAAAUGAUGCGAUUACCAUUCCUGACGUACAGACUGUUUAUCGACCAGGAAUAAGCCUCAUUAAUGAAAAGGAGUUUGCUUCGGAAAGCAAGGAGCUAUCGAUAACGUCUAAACCAAAUAUUGAAAAUAAAUAA